AUGUCGACCCUCCCGGUGCUGCCGGCAGAUGCCCUAUGUCUGACGUCGAAAGCGCUAUGCGACCUCGCCAGGCCUCGACUGUAUCGGAAGGUCACCAUCAACGUACUCGAUCCAUCGGAAGUCGCACGGUUCGAGAACUGCAUGGCCGAAGGUGCCCAAGCGCAUCUUGACGCUACAAGGAGCUUGACGUUGAUGGACAGCCUUCCCCCGGCAGAAGCUCCCGAGUUCCAGACCAAGCCGCAUCGACGCUUCGACCGUGAAGACAGGUUGACAUCUGCUCAAAGUAGCGCGAUAGAAGCGAUACUAGACUAUUUCCCUCCGGACUGCCUACAAUCUUUUCGGUGCGUCCUCGAUCUUCGGAAUGCUGCACAUGCCAGCCUGUCGCAUGCUCUCGUCAUAACCUCGCGGACUGUCAUGUUCCUCUCGACCCUACCGUUGCCGUCGAACAUAGCACGCGAAUUUUUCCUUAAACAAAUGGGCACAUUAACACACGUACACCUAAGACUCGAGGACCUAUUUCAAUUACAAUACCUCGACUGUGUGCGAACUGCGGACCUCUGGCUCCCCCAUCCAGAAGAAACCUGGUCGGAAUUGGAGGAAGAGAACUUUCUGGACUCCCUGGAGGACAUCGGCAAGUAUAAGGAUCUGGAGAGACUGUACCUUGGAACCAAGUUUGAUAGGUAUUCACACGAUCUUAGCCGAAGACUCGCCGAAACCUUUUCGUCUCUAGACGAAUCGUAUGGGCGCCUAGAGAAGCUUCGCCAACUUUCAAUAUCCGGAAUCCCUCUCGGCAUCGAUACAUACGGACUCAGCAAGAUUAUAUCGUUUCCUCAGCUCACACAUUUGACUCUUUGGGCAUGUUCCUGCAGCCAAAGGUUCAUCUCCAAUUUGGUACAUGAGCUUGGCGACCAGGACUUAUCGUUGAAACAUCUAGGACUGGAGCUAGUCGACGACGACGAGGUGGAAGACCCGGAUGAUGAUACUCCCUACGAAGAGGACGAUGACGCCGUCGAAGAGUUGAUUAGCCGCUGUCCUGAAUUGAAAAGUCUGUGUUUGCAGUGGAGUGAUAGGGGGUGGAUAGAUUUCACGUUGGAGUCCUUCAAGCAAAUUCUGGCGAUUGUUGGACAGCAGCUUGUUGUUCUCUCGAUACACAUGUGGGACACUAGAGGGCGCUUAGAUGACAGCGAACCACCAUUUUGGGAAGAGAUAUCUCUAGCAUGUCCAAACUUGGAACAACUCGCGUUCAAUCUUAGCUCAGGUAUAAUGUUGAAUUACAAAGGCGGGUUCGAUCCAGACUUGUCACCCAUCUGCAAAUUGACCAAGCUACGCACCCUUCAACUUCGGGAAAGGUGGGGUCACGACUGCUGCAAUUUCGGAGAGGAGAGUGACGAUGUUUAUGGAGACAUCGAGCGCCAAGCUCAUCUAUUUGCAAAAGAUUUCUUUGCGCAUCUAGAAAACCAAUCUAGCUGUCCAUCCCUGGACACGCUCGUACUGGGCAUGGAAAACCAGGUCACGAACAGCAAAGAAUUACAGGUCAGAAAUCGCGGAAAAGAGAUGCCGCCCGCGCGUUGCUUCCGCCGAACACGCAAGAUUCGUGAUGAUGAAAGCACGCGCAGCGAAUCCCUUCCCAUAUCUUUGGCAGAGUGCCGAGCGACAAGUGACUACACAGAGGUUCUCGACUGGUACACCGGCUAUCUCCAAAUCGACUUCAACGCCCUCCUCGACGGGUCUUUAGGUAACCUACCCGCGAUCUGGAUUACCUCCCACAGUCUUCUUGCCGAGGCCGCGCCAUCUUCAAACCUCACGGUUUCUUCUCGCGAAGAUCGUACCGACAAGGAGAAUGGCCUUGUCGCCGCUGCCUUCAUCAGCUCCCUGCUGAUUCCUGCUGCGACCGGCAUCGCAGACAACGGCGUCACUGGGGGUCUUUGCAACGCUAUCAUAAAUGGAGCAGGGGGCAUGGCUGGCGCCGUUGUUGGUCAAGAGGCCGGCAAAACACUUUACCCACAAGGUAACGGCACCGAUGGAAAUGGCACAUCGGCUCCAGAGAUGGAGCAAGGCAUUGUUCCUGGUGCGUUUAUUGGUAGCGUCGUUACCAACAGUCUUGGAACUGCUCUGGCUAAGAGUAUCUGCGACAAAUUUCUCCCCGAUGUUGAAGACGUCAUAAAGGAGGCUGAAGCUGGAGUUGCGGGUCGGGUCGCUAACUCACUGAAUCGCGGUCUCAAAGAAGUUUUGGUGAGCCAACUAGAAGACAUGGGGGUCGAGACCGCGCGGGCAGUACAGUUUGCAAGUCAAAUGGAAGAGACGAUUCGCUUGGUCGACAGUACCGGCAGUCUGGCCACAGCUUUCGAAUACCUCAAUCGCGAACUCGCAACCAACACCGCAGAGCUGGCCGAAGCUGUAGGAGCCAAACUAUUGAACAAGCCAGCAAUCAGCAACCUCGUUCAACUAAGCCACAACACGCUCGCCAAUCUACCAGUCGCAGGUGUAGACGGCAUUGCGCUGUUGCCGUUCGACCCUGCUGCCGAUCCCAUAGGAAUGAUGGCUAAGUUCACCAACCAUUACAGGAAUACCAUGGAGUUUGCCAAAACUCUAGGCGGGAAGAUCAAAGAAGGCGCGAACCGCGUUUCCCCUGCUUUGGAUACAGUGUCCCAGUCGGUUGAGUCAGCUAUGCAAGGUGUCGACUCCAUCAUUCCGGGCACGGCAAACAGACUGAUCAAGGAUGCUACUGUCUUCCGAACCCUUUCGACGCUCUAUUCCACCAUGGAGGUCAUGGUAGCGGCCACAGUAGCGGCCACCAUACUGCUCCCGGAUCAACUCACGGCGGCAACGGCGAAUCACACUGUGCUCAAGCCACGGUGA